AUGCCCUCAACGCUGCCAGCCCCAGGCUCUUCAAGUCAAACAGCAUUGAACGACGAAUUGCUGCACUCAUCGAACCCCUCACAGCACCACAGUAGCCAACACCCAAACUCACUGAAACAAAACAACACAGAAUACGAGAGCCUCCUACCUCCGCUACUAGACCCCGAAAACCUAACAGGCACAACUUCCCGUAAUGUAUCUCGAACAAAGGGCGUUGCGGUCAUCGUCGCCCUUGCGGGCGUCAACUUCCUCAACACAAUGGGCUCAGGGAUCCUCAUCGCCGCUCUCCCGCGAAUCGCCUCGGAUGUAGGCCUCUCUGAGAACCUCGCCCUGUGGCCAGCGGCCGUGUAUUCCCUAGCAGCGGGCUGUCUCCUGCUCAUAUUCGGUGCCGUCGCCGACGUCGUCGGGGCGAAGAUCAUGUGGCUAACGGGAAGCUUUCUCUACGCCGUUUUCACGGUGGCCGUCGGGCUGGCCAGAACGGGUCUCCAGCUGGUCUUCUUCCGUACGGUGCUGGGCAUCUCUAUAGCGAUGUGUCUACCAACAGCCAUGAGCUUCAUCACGAGUACUUUCCCCAGGGGAACCUGGCGAAACGUCGCCUUCUCAAUGAACGGUAUCGGCUUCCCUUUAGGAUAUGCCCUCGGUCUGGUUGUGGGCGGUAUCUUCGUGGAUACUGCCGGGUGGAGAUGGGGUUACUACGUUAUGGCAACGAUAAACAUCUGCCUCUGGGCGGCUGCGAUAUGGUCUCUGCCGUCGGUUCAUCAGCAAUCAGAGAAGAAAUGGACCCGCCGUCUAACUGAGGAUAUUGACUGGAUUGGGGCCCUGAUCAUCAGCACCGCUCUGGGGUUGUUGUUGUAUGUGCUAGCCAUGGCAACUCAAUCCUACACCAACCUCAGCAAUGCUUCCAACAUUGUCCUCCUGGUAGCUGUAGUGGCUUUGUUGGCUUCUUUUCCCGUUUGGAUGGAUGUCCAGGUCAAAAAGAACCGUCCAGCACUCAUACCUAACCACUUGUGGCAGAACACAUCCUUCACUUCCAUCUGUGUCUCAAUAUUCCUCAGCUGGGCUGCGCUGAACUCUAUUCAAUACUUUAUCAUGCUAUAUUUCCAAGAAGUCCAAAACGUAUCCGCGCUGCAAAGCUCACUCCGAUUCCUGCCUCACAUUAUCGUAGGCACCGCAGUUAACACAGCAUGCGCGUGGCUCGUCGCCAAAGUCAAAGUCCAAACGCUGAGCGGCGUGUCAGCAAUUAUUACAGUGGUCGCGCCGCUCCUCAUGGCCACGGUCGACAUUGAUGGCGACUACUGGCACGCGCCCUUCUGGGCCCUAGCUCUAUCGCCGGUCAGCGCAGAUGGUGAGUCCUCCCUACUCAGGGGUUCAAAAUGA